AAUGGACGAUCACGCUUGCCUGUGGUCCACGCCCCCCUUCCUCCUCCCUCCCCUGCCUCAUCCUCAUCCUCAGCUCUGCCUCUUCAUCAAGAACCCUGCUGCAGCCUCUCGGUACUUUAUUGGACGCCCGGCUCGGUCCUCGCAGCGCCGCCUUAAAGUAAAGCCCAUCCGAAGUGGAGACCACCGCCUGUUUUUUGGCUCCUUCAGUAUCACCUCUCUGCCCCGGGCUGGAACAUUGUGUCCUUUUGGUUAAAAAGGUAAAAAAAAAAAAUGACUGCAAAGCAUCGAAGAGGCAAAGGCAACCACAAACAUGAGGAUGGCUUCUUCAAAAACGACGUGGUGGAGUCAGAAGUCCGAGCUGGAGUCGGUCACAGUUACGCGCUCCACUUGGUGCUGUUCCUGCUGAUUGUGGUCGGCGGUGCCACCGGUGCGUGGUUCUGUAUCCAGCAGCACCAAACUUUAACCUACUUGACAGACAAUCUCAUGGGCAUGCAGAUGAAAAUAGUGAAACUACAGUCCUCCCAUGAAGAAAUGCGACAGUCAAGCAGUGAGCAGCACGCUUCAGAGAGCCUGGAGACCCGCCUGAAUGCCCUGGAGGAUUCUUACGCACUGGCCCAGAAACAGGUGGGCAUGGCCCUGGCUACAGCUGAGCAGCUCAAGACGUCCGAGCUCCCGUCGCAGGUGCUGUCGCUGCACACGGAGAUGAGAACCCGCCUGGCAGAGAUGCAGCAGACCACCGUGUCCCUGGAGCAGCUGAGCCAGCUACAGACCAUGCUGCAGGGGAAGAGCGAGGAGUUCGAAGGUGUCAGGAUCCAGGUGGACGGCCUGGCCACGCUGAGCGCCGAGCUUUCCCAGAAGGUGGAGGUGUUGACAGGGAGCGUGGAUGAAGCGGAGUCCAAGCUGGAGGAGAGAGCCGGACAGGUCGCCACGCUGAGCGCCACCUUGGACGGACAGGCCGCCGAGGUGCUCGGACUGAAGGAGCAGCUGGACGCCUACCAGGCUCAGCUCGAGGCCAGCACACUGGAGAUGGCUACCGUCAGAGGGUUGCUUGAACGUGAAGAGUCCCAGCGGCUCCAGCAGGCCAGUGUGGAGGAGCAGCUCAGUACGCCGGUGGGACAGACGGAGGAAGAGACAGCUCCCGGGGCUGAAGAAGAGGAAGCUACAGCAACUGAAGAAGAGGCACUUCCUGCUGAUGUAGAACAAGAGGCAUCCCACCCAGAAGAAGAAGAAGAAGAGGCAGAUGAAGGAGAGGCAGCUGCACAGGAUGAAGCCCCUGUCGAGCAGGAGGACUCUGUGACGGAUGAAACUGCUCCUGCAGAGGAGGUCGAGGCAGUAAAGGAGGAUGAGGUGGAGGAAGACGAGCCAGUCGGCUUAUCGGAAAAGACAGAAGAGGAGGUGAAGAGUGAAGAAGAGCCCGAAGAGGAGAACCAGGAAGCAGACGAAGAGGAUCGACACAAAGCGGAGGAGAAGGAGGAGGAGGAGGAAGAGGAAGAG